AUGAGAGACCUGCUUUCUCGGAAUCCAGUGUGCGAGCAGCUGCAUGAUAUGCUUCUUGAAGAGCUGGAAGUCUUCACUGCCACCUCAUCGGUGCAACUCCUGCAUCACGGGCGUCAGGCUACUCGUGUGGAGAAGCCUGAUCGUCCCCUACAUUGGAGGCAUCGUAUGAUGGCACCCGAAUCUCCUUUGGUUGCAGUGCGAAUGCGCCGGAUAGCCUCCGGCUAUUGGGCAGAGCUGGUGGUGGAAUCCGUCUGUGGCGACCAAUGCACCAGCAUUCUGCUCGGUGUUAGCUCUGCACGUCCAGACUUGUCUUCUGGGCCUCCCGGCGGGCGCUAUUUCGUUUCGCUGGCAGAGAUCCCUGAUUGCAUCAGUGGAGUUCCCCAUUGCAGAACUUCCUCCAGAUUCACACUUGGGACGCGGAUCGCCGCACUGAUCACAGGCGAGGGAAGCCUCCAGCUGCACCGUGACGGGCGGAUCAUCGGCACGGAACACAACUUGUUCGACAAGCUCUCCAUGGCCAACGCGGAUUACCAUCUCGUUUGCGAUCUCACCUUCGACGUCAGCGGCGUAAGUGUAAGCUCAGCAUGCCCAAGAACCAAUCAGUCACUGCGCACGGACAUCAGGCGAGGCCUGGCUUGGCUGCACCGCUGGCUGCUGGCCUUUCGCCAGGUGAUACUGGCAGCUUUGGCGAGUGCAGAGAAGCAGAAUGCCUUGAACGAGGUCCGGCUUCUUGCCUCGGUAUGUCACGAGAAUGUGGUGGCUUACAAGGAGGCUUUCUGGGACGACAAAACCCGCUGCCUCUGCAUCGUGCAGGAAUGCGCCGACGCUGGUGACCUGCUGCAGCAGAUCAACCGCUGCAAGCAGGAGCGAGCGUAUCUGAGAGAGGCUGAUGUUUGGCGAUACUUGGACGGCAUGUGCCAAGGGCUCAAGGCCCUCCAUGAUCUGCGCAUCCUUCACCGUGAUCUCAAGUGUGCCAAUGUCUUUCUCAGCCACUCCCGGGAUGGGCUCAUUGCGAAGCUGGGGGAUUUCAAUGUAUCGAAAGUUGCAAAGAGGGGCUUGUGCAUGACGCAGACGGGCACCCCGUACUAUGCCUCCCCGGAGGCACAAACUACGAUUGAUUUAACUAGGACGUGGACUUGGUCUGAUGCUUCGAGAUGUUGA